UUCAUGAUAGGCAAUUUCUGCAUUGGAAUUUUUGUUUCGGUUUCAGAUUUCCAGAAGUGGAAUUGGGGAAAUAAUUCUUGCAUCUUGUCUCUUGAACCUGGCGAAUGUGGCCUUUUCAAACUGGCAGGCUAAACCGGAUAGCGAUGUGUGUUUUGUCUGGAUCUGUGGCUUCGUGAUCACGAGUUUCUGGAUUUGUUUAGUCCACUAAUCUCUGCUUUCAACAAAAUUCCUUCAAAAUGAAUUAAGAUGACAAGUAAUGGUGCACCUGAACUUCCUCUGGUGGGAUCCUUCCCCACCAAUGAGGCAAUCAAGACCCUCAUUUAUCAUCCAACACUGAAUGUCAUAUUACUGAUAACCAAAGACUCGAGCAUCAAGGUCUUGGACCUGCAUUCUGGCCAGACGCUACAUGUUGCUGAGUCACCAGCCAAAGGCCGGUCGGUGUUCGGCGUUUACCUGUCGGGCGUGGACAAGCUGCUGCUCUGCGAUGGCCAGGCGGUGGGCGUCAGGAAGGACCACAGCGGCAUCCUGCUGCUGGACUCGAUCCUGCAGACGCCCGUGCCGCGGCCUGACUGCACCGUUCGGCUCGACAUUCCGCUUUCAGAGGCGGUGUCUGUGCUGCACGCGUUCACCACCGUCGAGCUGUCGGCGCUCACCUCCAGCUCCCCUCCGUUCGGGGACGAUGUGGAUUCGGUACAACGUGUCCAGCAGCUGCUGCAGAGUCAGGUGGACGCCAGGAACAUGGACAGCAUCGCCGACAACCUGAAGGCCGCCAAGUGGAGCACCGUGUGCCUGGAACUCCCGCUGGGCUGUCUCCGCGCGGCGUUCUCGGCUCUGCUCAGCGAACUGUCUCGGACGGACCGCCACGUUCCUGCUCUCUCACACGCGGCCGCCGCCGUGGAGCGUCUCCACCUGACGCUGUCCGGCUCCGGGCCCGGCUCCGGCUCCGGGGUUCCGGAGCGACGCCGCAUGUUCAGCGAGGCAGCGCGACGGCAGACCUUCAGCCGCUGGCCGCACAUGCACUACAAGUGGGCGCUGCCGGAGCAGAUGGCCCAGGCGGGCUUCUACCACCACCCGAACCAGUCCGGAGACGACAUGGCCAUGUGUUUCACCUGCACGGCUUGUCUGGUCUGCUGGGAGCCGACCGACGAGCCGUGGUCCGAGCACGAGCGGCACUCGCCCUCCUGUCCGUUCGUCAAGGGCGAGCACACGGAGAACGUGGCUCUGAGCGUCACGGAGAGCACCGAGCCGGCUCAGUGGCAGGGCUCCGAGCCGUCCGACCCCAUCUGUGUGCUGGCCGCCUCCUCCUGCGGCCAUCUGGCUGCCACGGGCACCCGGCGCGGACACAUUGCCGUGUGGAGCGCCGCCGCCACCCUCCAGCGGGAGGUCACCUUUCGGGUCGAUCCGUCUGAUGAGACGAUUGUGCGGCACAGUGACGCUAUGUCUGGGACGGGUGACGUGACGCCUGUGACGGCGGCUGUGACGGCCGGUGUGACGGCUGCUAACGGGACGGACGGUGACGGUGCCGACCCGGCCGCGGUGGAGGCUGAGACGCCUGCCGCGCCGCCGGUGGAGCUCGGAGCGCUGUGUCUGCUGGCGCCGCCCCCCGCCCUGCCCGUGGGUGAGCCUCUGCGGCCCUGUCUGGUGGCGGGGGUCAGCCUGCGCCGGCCGCUCCGGCCGCGACCGCAGCGACCAGCGGAAAAGAGCGGCACCUCAUCACCGCCCGACGGUUUGGAUAAUGCGACCUCGGACGGUGCGAGCGGUGGCACUUCUGAACACUGGCCCGUGUUGCUAGUCUACGACAUCAAACAACAGGCGGUACCGUCGGGCAGUUGCCGACCGGCCGACCCGGCGCUCUUCACCCACUCGGGCAGCGGGCACACCAAGAAGAUGAGCGUGCCUCCGCCGAGCUCCGAACCGACCACCGCGCCGGCCGCGCCCGACGAGCCGGCCAGCCUGACUGUCAGCGCCGCGGGCAAGGACCCAGAGGUCUCCGACACGGUCAUGAAGUUCCUGAUGAACAAGGAGGAGACGUGGUCGGCAGACGGCGACGCGGCGCCCGAGUCUCCUCCCCCGCCGCCGCCGCCGCCGCCGCCCCCGCCGACAGCCGCCGAGCCGGCGCGGCGCGCCCCCAAGCCGGUGUUGCUGCAGUGCGUGUCACUGCCGGCGGAGAUGGCCGAGGGCCUGCUGUCGGUGACUGCGCUGCUGCCGUCUGCCGAUGGAGCGCAGCUGGUGGUGGUGGCUGCAGCCGAGCCGCCGCCGCCGGCCGCGUCCCAGCCGGACGUCGUCAGCAGCUCCACGGUCCGACCGGCCUCCGGCGGCGGCGGCGCCCUGCUACUCUACGACCUGGAGCCCGAGGGCCGCGUGCUGACCCUGUCGGUACGGCCGGUGGCUCAGCGGGAGUAUGUCGCCGGGGAGCCGCACCCGACGGCCGUCACCGUGCUGCCCAGCGAGCUGUGUGCCAGCCCCGAGGAGGACCCGUCCGAGCGGGGUGCCGCCGACGGCCAGCUGGCCGUGCUGCUCAGCAACGGCGAGCUGCAGCUGCUGAGCGCCUCCUCGCUGCAGACGCUGGCCACCCUGCUGCCGGCCGGCUCCGGCUGCUUCGCCGCCACCUUCUGCAACAGCCUCGAGUGUCUGAUCGCGUGCACGGACGCCGGAGAGCUCAAGUUCCUGCCGCUCGGCCGUGGGGACGGUGACGAGGCGGCGCUGGGCGACGGUGUACCGGGCGGCGCGGCCGGCCCUCUGGCGGCCCGGCGUGCCGAGCAGCCGCCGCCGCCAGGUGCCGACCUGGUCACCCAGGCGCCGCUGACAGCCGCCGCCCUGGAGCGCGCCCACGAGCUGAUCCGACUGGAGACACUGACGCCGCUGUUUUCGGCUGUGGUUCCGCCCUGCUGGACAGAGAUCCAGCAGGCGCAGAAGCAGCGCCGUCACCCGCGGCACCUCCAGUCGGACAAACACCACACGCGCACCUGGCGCCUGCUGAACGACGGACCAGCCUGGAAACAGCACGUGUUUGAGAUCACACUGCCGCGCUCUGUGCCCGUGGCGCACGUGGACUUUCGGUUCGUGCUGCAGCCGCUCUGUGCCACCAUGCCGGCGGUAGAGGCGAGUCUGGUGCGGUGUAGCGCGCUGCCCCGCCCACCGACGGCCGCCGCGGCUGGUGCCGAGUCCGGUGCUGGUGGAGGGGCGGGCGCGGAGGCGGACCCCUCGUCAGCCGGGGACGGAGAGGUGCUGUGUGGCCCGGUAGACCUGCGCUCGUGUCUGGACAUGUCCGGUCAGGGCGGUACCGUGACAUUCACCUCCACUGAACUACUCCGCGCCCACCACCGCACUUUCAGCAUUCGCCUAUCCUGCGCGCCGGCCGACCGCGAGUCAACAUCGGGCGCCUCGUUCCUGCCCGACCUGCAGAGUGCAGUGCUCAGCUCUGUGCCGCUCACUGUGGACAAGCUGGCCGCUGCUGGCGUCAAAGCUGACCACCUCACCGGCUGUGAGUGCUUCCAGGAAGUCAGCGUCACCGUGCGUCGCGUCAAGUCCUCCACGGUACCUCACCAGCGUCUGCAGAGGACGGCGAUGCUGGAGCAGAGUGACUACCACGAGAGUCUGCUGGAGGCAGCCUGCCGUCGCGCAGAGCUAGAUGACCCGCUGUUCUGUCAGAACGUGUCUCUGGACGUGCUACUCUGGGUGGCAGCGCUGAAGCUGAUGCACAGCACGACUCCCGAGACUGGCUCGCCGCUGGUCACGGCUGUACAGGAGCGACUGCGGCCGCUACUGACCGCCUGCUACCUGUACGGAUCCCGGCCGGUGGCGCACAAGUGCUCUCGGCUGAUCGUCAUGUGUAUCGAAGCAAGUCGCGGUCCCGGGUUCGUGAGCGCCCUGUGCGAGGCGCUCAUUGAGUUUAUCCCGCGCACGCCCGGGUUCCAAUCUCCCGGCGCGCUCAACUGGUUCUUCGUGCUUCUCAAUCACGUACGCGGUCUGAUCCCAUUGGCGGCUGCCUCAGCGCUGCUGGCCCUGCUCGCUCAGGUAACUCGCCAGCUGUCUGCACGGGCAGACCGUCUCCAUGACGUGCUACGGACUCUGUUUGGUCUUCACGGCACGCCACUCGAGGAAGAACUGUUCGACUUGGAGGCGCCCUUCGCGUCUGAUGUGAGCGGCACUUCCUCCUCGAGCACAGUCUCUUCGACGCUAACUGGCACCGAGACGACACACCACUCCACCGGUGACCCGGACCUGCGUGACCUACUGGGCGCCCCUUCAACCACACGCGCCGGAGUCUGGUCAGCUCUGGCCAGCGACGAACAGCUGCGGGGUCUGAUUGAGGUGGAACCGCUGCACUACACGUGUCACGCUACAUCUGAUUCGACCCGACUCGAGUGGCAGGCGGGGCCGGUGUCUGCGCGUCUGUUCGGCCCCAGUCAGCAACUGGCCGGCCAGAGGGACGUGCUAAGCACGGCACGACUCGAGGAGGCCAUCGCUGAUGUCGAGAAGAAGGCGGCUGAACUGCGCGCGCUGAUGACUCAGAAACCUGAUCAGGAGACCGGCCACCUGUUGGAUAUCCUUCAGCACGUCAGUCAGGAGGUAGCCGGCGCCAAGAGGCUGACUGAGCAGCUGGAGGACUCGCUGGCGGCACCGGACGAGCCGCCGCCGUCGCCUCCGCCGCCGCCGCCGGCUCCGGCAGCGCAGACGGCCCAAACGGCGCCCGGCGACCCCAGCCAGCAGCUCACGGACCCGAUGCUGUCGGUGUUGCUGUCGCCAUGGCACCAUCUGCUCGCGCCGCCCGCCCACCACACACUGGUCAUCGACCGCAUGCACAGCGGCGCGCGGCGCUUCGUCGUCAUCGACUUUGGCGCACCCAUAUUGCUGACUGACGUCAUCAUCCCGUCGUGCCCGGACCUGCUGUCCCUCUCGGUGGACGUGUGGACGGAGCGCGAGGAGUCGGACGGUCAGCGGCUGGUGGUGGCCUCCGACAUCGGCUACCGGCGGCUGGUGAUGACCGGCCUGGAGCCGCCGCCCGUCUGCCGAUACCUCAAGAUGACGACCAUCGCCCGGUACGGGAUGACGACGACACGCUGCCGGAUGCCGAUGGCGCUGCUCUAUGGACACACGGUGGUGAUGCCGUGGCAAGUGGCCGAUCCCACCAACAAGGUCCGCGUCAUCACCCGGCAACAGGCACAGACGGAGCUGGGCCUGCUCACCACCCUGCACCAGGAGGUACACUGUCAGUACAGUCUGGCCUGCGAGCGGCUGCGCAGACUGCUACUUCAGGUAGCGCCCAGUGCCGACGAGCUGGCGGACGGCGCUGGACGAUCGCUGGCCUGCGCUGCGCUCGAUAAGGUGCCGGCGGCGUACCAGGAGUGCGUGGCGCUGCACCAGCAGGCCUCUGUCGUGCUGGCCCUGCUGCGCCGGCUGCGUCAGUACUGCCGGCCCCGUCUGCCGUCGGCCGCCGCCGCCGCCGGCCAGCUGCGACACAUCGGCACCUCCCAGCUCCGCCGUCUGGCCGACCACCUCCUCGAGUCGCUGCUGGCGCUGUCGGUGACGGGCCGCUCGUCGCCGAGUGCCGCGCCGCCGCUGGCCACGCUCACUCCGCCGCUGUGUCUGCGGCUGUUUGAGGAGCUCUGUGUGCACGGCGGUCCGCGCGUGCAGCUGGCGGCCGGCACACUGCUGCUGACAGCGGCCGGACAGCAGGCCUGGUGGGGCGGCCUGGUGGCCGAUACGUUCUGUAGGAUGUACGCGCACACGGAGGACCGGCUCUUCUGUAAACGGAGGCUGUUCAUCCUGCUGACGUACCUGGGCCAGCGGACGCUGUCCCGCUCUCGGCACCAGUCUCGCUGUCUGCUGGAGGCGCUGCUGGGUGCUCUUUGCGAACACCUGGCCGCACCAGUACCCGAGCUGGAACUGGUGGAGUGGCUGCUGCUCUACCUGUCGACGCUCAUCGAGGGACUCGACCAGCGAGACUCCAGCCGUUGGCGGUUCCUGGCCGGUGAGCGAUCGCUGCUCCGGUCCAGCAGUAGCUCAGCCUCGGGACGCGGCAACAAGGGCUACCGCCGCCGGCUGCUCACCCGACUCAAGAACCACAAGCAGAUAGACGAACUACUGAACGUGAAGAAACUCACCAUGGGGAAGAGUUUGGCCAACAGCAACCUGAUCGGUUUUCUGGUGCACAGCACCAGCUCGCCAAAGUCGGACCUUCUGAAGAAGAAACAAUUCAAAUACCACAAGUCGGGCUCGUGUGCCGACCCCCGCCAGGAGUGUUCCAGCAGCGGGGGCGGCUCGGGCGGCGCCUCGGCGGCCUCCGGCUCCGGCGGAGGGGCCGCCGAGCCGGCGCCCACCGUCAGCCGGGACGUGGCGCUGCGCGUUGUCCGGCUGCUGAUGGAGCGACUGCUGGAGCCGCAGCUGUUCGUAUCGCCAGAUAUGAUGAUGACCGGCUGCAAGGUGGUGUCGUGGGUGGCGGCGGCGGCCCGGCCGGCUCUCCGACUCUGCGAGGUGGUCACCGCUACUCAGCUGGAGCUGCUGCUGCGAGCCGCCAGCGGUACGGCCACUCAGCCCGUCAGCUGGGCCGGCCCGUGGACGGCGCACACCGUCCAGUGCUUCAUACAGGAGAUUCUGCAGGCGGAGCGGGCGCACCCGGCGCAGUGGGGUGGCGGUGGUGGCGGCGCUCCGACCGAGCCGCCGCCCUCACCGCCGCGUACUACCACCGCCUCGUCCGCGGGCGGGGGCGGCGGCGGCAGCGGCGGCGGCAGCUCGGCUGGCUCCUCGGACGGCUCCGGGACGCCGGAGGACGAGGAUGAGGACUCGUCGAGUCCGCCGCCGGCUGGGCAGGCUCUCUCGUCGGACAAGCUGGAGGUGCACAUGUUCUCGGCGGACGGCGGCAGCGCCCCGUUCUCGUCCUUCUUCCCGUUCCCGGCGCUGUCGGCCGCGGCGGCCGGUACGUCCGGCUCCGGUCCCAGCGGCUCGUCUCUGCCGGCCGUGCCGUCCACGUCUGCGGCGGGACCGGCCACCACGGCUGAUACUGCUGGAGAACUGUACUCGGACGCGUCACAGGAAGGCGUAUGCCUGCUGCCGCCGAUGGUCGAGUCGGACGAUGACGGCGACCCGCUGAUGCUGGACGACUUUGUGGUGGACAUCUUCGAGGCAUCGCUGGGAGACAAGAAGCCGCCGCUGCCGUCCGAUGCGGUCAAGUGGGGUCUGAUCCCCGCGCCUGGCGGAUCCUGGUCACUCUCCAACUCUGUCCCCGGUCUGGGUAAGCUCGGCUCCAGCUGGCUGUCUCACUCUGGCGGCGGCGGGGGCGGCGGCGGCGGCGGGGGUUCCUCGGCCGGCGGCGGCGGCUCCGCCUCCUGUCUGGACAUGCUGCAGGCGGCCGGCGGCUGCGGCGCGCCGGCCGGUCCGCCCGCAGGAGAGCUGGCCGGGUCCAGCGCCGCCUCCGACGCGCGCCUUGAGGUGGGCCUCACCGCCUGGCCCGAGCUGCGGCUGAGGAAGAUGGCCGCCCUGCACACCAGCACGGUUCUGCGCGCGGUGAGCACCUACUCACCCCCGACGGUGGCUCCGCCGCCUCCCGAGCCGCCGGCCGCGGCGCCCACUGACGAGCCGGCUCACGGCCAGGAGAUGGUGGCGGACGCCGUGGCGGCCAUCCUGACCAGCAUUCAGUACACGGCAUGUCCGGAGUGGGUGGAAUCGCUGCUGGCGCUGUGGCUCAGUCUGGACUGCCCGGGCACGGCCGGCUUCCACCGGAGUUCACCGCUGCUGCUGCAGGCGGUACGCAGCGCGCGCCGGCUCACACUGCGCGGCUGGUCGCUGCUCUUCCAGGCGCUCACCGGCCGCGCCAGUCCCGAGGCGCCCUCCGCCCGGGCCGCCGAGCUGGCACUCGAUAGUCACGAGCUGGUACAGGCGGCCUCGCCCCUGGGUCACGUGCUGGUGCUGUUCCUCACCCAGUCAGUGAGCGGCCGCCAGGGCCAACAGGAGUGCGGAGCCACCGUGUGUCAGUGGUUCGACGCCCUGCUGCGCACCCUCCUCUCGGCCUCGGACAGCGCGCGACUCAUGCUGCUCGAGCUGCUCUGGAUCGCGGCGCACUCGCCCGGCUUCCCGGAGGCGGGUACUCCGCUGGACGCUCACUGCAAGCUCGUGCAGAGGAUGUUGCAGCUGGUGUAUCCGGGCUCGGAGCUCGGCAGUAUCGUCGGCCUGGUGCAGGUCAUAGUGGGCUGCGUGCACCGUCACCUCUCCGCCGCCGGCCAGGCUCGCACCACGCGCGGCCCCGACUGCGCGCCGCCAGAGUCGCUGGCCGAGACGCUGCUGGUCGAGCUGCUGAGGCUGGCCUCGCUGCUCGUCCUGGUGCCGCUCUCGACGGCGCAGCACGCCGCGACGACGACGGAGACCCAGUCGCCGCCUCAGACGGACGAACUGAAGGCCUCCUCGGGAGGAGCCGGAGCCGGCUCCGGCAGCUCCGGCUCCGGUGGCUCCGCCGCGCGGCAGGCCGUCAGGGCUCAGCUGGUCGUCGAUAGAGUGUUGGAGAACGCCGCGAUCGUGGAGCAGCUGCUGGGCUCGGCGGCGCUGGUGACGGCCACGCCGGCCUCAGCUCAGGAGCAGCGGACCGGCGACCAGGGCACCGGACAGACGCAGGAGGCGUCGAGCGCCACCAGCAGCGGCGCGAAGGGCGAGACCACGGGCGCCGCGCUGGUGAACGCUCUGGAUGACCUGCUGGGUACACUGGUGGCACACUGUUCGGACGGACGGCUGCUGGUCCGUGCCACAGUCACCUACCUGGCCACGCGCUCCGGUGGCAGUCCGCUGCGCAUCUCGCCGCUGCUGCUCGGCUUCUUCCUGAAGGUUCUGUCCAGCUCCAGCGGCGUGGCGUCCAUGAUUCGACACCGAGGCCUCGAGGCGGUGUUUGAGAACGCGGCGCUCUCCUGCCGCCCGGUGGCCGAGCCGCCGUCUGGCGGUGUCACCGGACUGAUGCUGCGCUACCUGAGCCAGCGGCAGCGGCGGCCGGCCUCGUCGGGCGGCCUGACGAUGCGCCGCUCGGCGGGCCCCGGCGCCGCGCCGCCGCCCGUCUCGCAGCACCUCUUCAAUGACGCCGACGGCCUGAUCAAUGUGGCGCCGCUCAGUACGAUCACGUGCAGCAGUCCGAUGGCGCUCCAGCCGGAGGUGCUCGUACAGCCGACGGCGCCGCACCGGCGCAGCCGAAAUCCGGCCUGGUCGCACCACUUUUACGCGCCGCUGGAGCGCACAGUGGAGCUGCACGUGCGUCUGCCGUGCGCCGUGCUGCUGCACCAGGUGCAUCUUCAGCCGCACUGCAGCUCACUGGCCACGUGUCCGUCGGCGGUGACCGUGGAGGUAACUAGCGGCGGACCGUCGGCGCCCGUCUGUACCUCUGUACCGACCGCCGGCCUCACCUUCAUUGGUAUCGAGCUGGCGCAGCCGACAGUGGCCACCGAGGUGACGGUGCGCCUGCACCGGCCGGCCGACUCGGCCAACCUGGGCCUGUCGCAGCUGCGACUGAUGGCGGCCACGACAUUCGGCGGCGCCGCGCUGGCACUGCGCGGCGAUCAGGCGGCGGCUAACGCAGAGUGCCACCUGUGGCUGCGUCUGCUGGACGCCGCGCUGCAGCCCUCCGCCGACACGGAGGUGCUGGACCGGCUGUGCGCGGCGCCGCGGCUGCUGGAGCGCAGCCGCGCGCUGCUGACAGCAGCCUCCCGGUCGGCCGAGAGCGCCCGGCGCGCCGUCCGUCUGCUGCUGCUGCUGGGCCGCCACCAGCCCGAGCUGGGCCUGGGGCUGGUGCGGGAGCUGCUGCGCCGCCCGCCGCCCGCUGACGGAGGACGGCAGCCCGUGCGGCUGCUCUACCAGCUGGCCACGACUGAUGAUCAGUUCAUCGGUAACCGGGUGUUCGAGCUCUUCACCUGGCUGCGGGAGGGCGCCCUGGGAGCGGAUUCGUCGCCGCCGCUGGGCCCACUGCACCCUGUGAUGGUGCACUGUAUAGCGGCCAUCCUCUGGACGGUGGCCGACAUGGGGCGCGAGGAGGUGCAGCAGCUGAUUCCGGCCGAUCUAGUCACUGUUGUGUACGGCUGGUGCAGCCGUCUGUCUGCCGACUCUGCACUGAAGCGCUCCCUCGACUGGGUGCUGUGCGCCCUAUGCCACCUGCGUCCGGCGCUGCUGCGGCCCCUCCUACACACCAUGGGCGUGCUGGUGCUGCCCGGAGACGGCGCCAACGCCACCGACGACAGGAAGGACCGCGAGGCGGAGGCGUGUGCGUCCGUCACCGAUGACGCCAAGCACGGCGGCGCGGCGGCCACUGACGAGGCGGCGGCGGCGGCGGCGGCGUCCCGGCUGCUGCCCGCCGAGCGUCUGGAGCUGGGCGGCGGCCAGCUGGCCACUCUGGCGGCCGUACUGCAGGCGCCGGCGGCCGUGGCGCACGCCGUGGACGCCGGUCUGCUGCACGCCGUCCUCGUCCAGGCCGUGCACGACUGUUGUGCCGAGAUGGGCGGCCUGGACAGCGCCGUAACCGAUCAGCAGCCGGCGGAGCUGGACGAGAGUCUGACCGACACCGACAAACAGAGCUGCGGCGGCGGCGGAGCGACGCUGCAGGCCGCCAGCGCGGGGUCCCAGAUGCCGGCGCUGCUGUCGCUGCUGAGCGCCGCCUGCUGGGAGCCGCGGGUGCGGGACUGGCUGGCCUCCGAUACGGCCUCCGUCUACUGGCUGAGUCUAGUGCGUCUGCUGACGGCCCGUCCGGCUCGUCCCGCCGCCCUGGAGACGGAGCUGCUGCGGCUGCUGGCGCGCUGCUGCCACGGCCACCCGGCCAACCAGCGCCGGCUGGCGGCCACCGUGUGUGACGUGCUGGCCGCGCGGCUGGAGGCCCCGGCCGGCUGCCGGCCGCGGCUGCAGGGCUUCACGCGCCGGCUGGUGCUGCGGCUGCUGCUGGAGGGCGAGCGAGUGAGCGUGCUGCUGCGCGCCGCGCCGCCGGCCGGCCCGCUGCCGGCGGCCGCCGGAGGACUCUGGCCGCUGGAGCACCCCCGACUCUGGGCAGACACCCUGCUGGUGUUCCGGACCGACGCUACCGUGGCCACCGUGCUGCAGACAGCUCUCGGUCUGGAGGGCUCGGAUGGCGCCUCCAGCUCCAAAGAUCCGCCACCGCUGCGUGCCGACAAGGACCAGAAGAACCAGGCGAACGCGGCCACGGCUGCAGACACCGACCCCAGCGGCUCCACAGGCACUCCGGUGCUCUACAAAGUCAUCAAGGAGAAGAAGUACGGAAAACGGAUACGACGGACGGCAGACUGUCUGCCGGAGCCGGCCACCCCGGCCGCCCCGGAGACCCGCUACGAGCUGGUGGACGCUCAGCUGGGCGACCAGCCGCUGCCGCCAGCGGCCAGCCUCAGCCAGGUGCUGACUGUGCGCUCGGAGCGUCUGGCCGCCGCCGCCCAGUCGCCCUACGUCAGCCUCACCGUGCGCCAGAGGAGCGGCGGCCAGCACGGCGCCGCGCGGACGCAAGGAGGCGGGUCGGGCUCGCCGAGCCGCCGCGCGGACGAUCUGGCGGCCGCCGUGCUGGCCGCUCCCGUGUUCCCCUCCGUGCUCUCCGUGUUCGCGGCCGAGGGCGGCCUGGCGCUGCUGGCCGGCACCCUGCCGCUGCUGUUCCCCGAGGGUGGCGCGCCGCCGCCGGCUCCGGGCGGCGGGCGGACCGACCGGCCGCCGCCGGCCGACCUCACCGACGCCGAGUGGGUCAAGGUGGACCAGCCCGAGGAGGAUGAGUACGUCAGCGGUCUGAUGCCGCUGACCGGCGGCGGCGGCGGCGGGGGAUCCGGCGGUACCACGGGCGCCGGUGGAUCGGCCGGCCUGGUGCCCGUCAUGUCACCGCACAGCAUCGCCUGCUUCGGCCUCUUUCUACGACUGCCGGGGUACGCUGAGCUGCUGCUACAGGACCAGGUGUCCGCCCGUCAUCUGCUGCGGCUGUCGCUGGGCGUCACAGAUGAUGGAGACGGAAACGAGAUUCUGCGCCAGCCGGGCUCUGCCGAGCUGCCGCUCUACCCGUUCCAGUUGAUGCAGCGACUCCUGGAUGCCACCCAGCUGACCACGGACGACGGGCAGCUGCUGCGGCGGCGCUGUCUGGAGAUCGGCGCCGUCAACUUCCUGCUGGCCUGCACGGCCGUGCUCAGUCACACGGAGACAGCCGUGCAGCUGCCCGCGCUGGAGUACCAGCUGAUCCUGGCGACCACUCGGAACCAGCUGCUGUCGGAGGCGCAGUCUCAGCGGGCCGGCGACGAUCGCUCUCACCAGUACUGGGCCAAGGGCACCGGCUUCGGCACCGGCAGCACUAGUCAGAAGUGGAACGUCGAGCAGGCCAUGUUGCGGCAAAAGUCAGAGGAGGAACAGGUCACCUGGCUCAUACAGACGCUGGCGAGUUACAUCAACCCCGGAGACGGCGGUACCGGUACCGGCAGCAGCGGAAGCAGCAGCAGCAGUAGCAGCAGCUCCAGCUCGGACGGCACCGAGCCGGCCGAGCCGACCGACCUGCUGCCGGACGGCCUGGCCGAGCGGGUGCGCGAGUCCAACAUCCUGACCGCGGUGUGCUCGUACCUGCGCAACGACUCUGUGCUGGACAUGGCUCGCCACGUGCCGCUGUACCUGGCCGUGCUGCGGCUGCUGCGCGCCUUCUCCACCAGCCGGCAGCUGACACCGCUGCUGGCGCAGGUGGCGCCGCUGCUGGCCAACAUGCGACAGGUGGUGGACACCUACACCUCCCACCUGCAGUCCAGCAAGACGCGCAAGGCCGACAAGGCGGCCAAGAGCGGCUGGCCGCGCGAGGAGGAGGAUGGAGGCCUGGCGCGGCUGCUGCACAACAUCCAGCACACGUGGCGGCUGGUGGAGGUGGCCGUGGCGGCUCCGGACCCGACGGCGGCCGGACCGAGCGCGCCGGCCACCGCCGCCGCCGCGCCGGCCGUCCGCUCCCUGCACGACAUCUACCUGGAGACGAUGAAACCACUGCAGUUUGACACACACGAGAUGAUCGUGGAGAACCCCAACGGAGGCACGCGGUUCGUGGUGUCUCACCACUUCGAGUCGACGAUGCGGGCAGCCGGCGAGCGCUCGCACCCCGCUCGUAUGAAGCGACUAGCGCAGGAGACGGUCACCCUCUCCACCAGUCUGCCGCUGAGCUUCAGCAGCUCUGUGUUCGUGCGUGUCGACUUGGGACGGCUGGAUCUGAUGAAGGUUCUCAUCACCGCGCCGGCCGACACCCCCUACUCGAACGGCUGUUUCCUGUUUGACGUCUACUUCCCCUACGACUACCCGAACGCGCCCAUGUUGAUCAACCUGGACACCACGGGACGCAACACGGUGCGCUUCAACCCCAACCUCUACAACGACGGAAAGGUGUGUCUGUCCGUGCUCAACACCUGGCACGGACGGCCCGAGGAGAAGUGGAGCCCCCAAACGAGUAGCUUCCUGCAAGUUCUCGUCUCCAUCCAGUCGCUGAUUCUGGUGGCCGAGCCGUACUUUAACGAGCCGGGCUACGAGCGCUCGCGCGGCACACCGAGCGGGACUCAAAGCAGUCGGGAGUACGACGCCAACAUUCGCCAGGCGACCGUCCGCUGGGCCAUGCUGGAGCAGAUCAGAAAACCGUGCCCCUGCUUCAAGGAGGUGAUAGAGAAACAUUUCUACCUGAAGCGGCACGAGAUCGUGGACCAGGUGCAAGGCUGGAUCACGGAGAUGGAAGGCUACGCGACCGACCGGCGCUCCUCCAAAACGCUGCACGUCUCACUGCAGGCGCUCAAGUCGCACUUCGCCGCUCUGCAGGAAGAACUGAAGAAACUGCGCCCGCCGCCGGACCUGGAGGGGGUCCUGGAGCCGGACCGGGCGCCGUCUCCCGCCCCCGCCCCCGCCGCCUCCGGCCCGGACUCCGGAGCGGUCUCCUCUGCCGGCGCCGGGCCCGCCAGUCAGGAGAAGCCCACAGUGGGCCUGUCUCCGAGCGGCCGGCCGGCCGGUCUCAACGCCAUCCAAGAUCUGACCGAGGACGCGGCCGCCAGCGCCGCCGGCGUCAUCGAAAAGGUCAAAUGCGCGGCGGCGGCGGCGGCGGCAGCGUCAGUGUCUGCGGCCGCCGAGCCGGCCUCGGGCGGCUCUCAGGCUAACGGGGAGGAGGCGGCAGCGGGCCGCUGACCAGCGCCCGCGGCGCGGACUCGGGCGGCGUGACGUGUGCGCGUGUGUGUGACAGUGGCGAGGGGACGCUCGGCGGUCGGACUGGGGCCGGCGCGGCCGCCCGGCGAGUGGACGGUGUCCAACAGAGGCCGCUCCGGCAGCGGCAGUGAUGCGGUGUGGCGAUCGUUGGCUUGGCUUGAUUCAACUGAAUACACUGUUCGCAACAGAGCGAGCCGUGUGACGGGCCCGUGCCCUGGCCGAGCCGCGGUGGGCGGCGCUUCUGAGAAGCGGGCUGGGGUCGGGAGAGCGGGCCGAUGAUAAUUAUGGUAAAUUACUGUGAGAUUGCUGUUAGUUUUUCCUUCACAUGUCCUUCAGUGGAAAUGUAAUCAAUACAAUUAAUCAAGUGUC